AUGGGGAACUACAAGAAAGGCGAGCAAAUAACAACCCUUCCAGUGUACUGCGUUGUGCCAGUGUUUGUCGAAGACGAGAACUCUAAUUUUUCUGUAGAUUUGCCUUUAUUUGAUGCCGACUCUUCUGCUGUACCGGCUCUGCCGAAACCCAGCUUUCCUAAAGAUUUACGAUCCCGUCUCCGGCGUCAUUUUCAGGUUGUACAUACAGACGAUUCGCAUCUUGUCUAUGCCAUAACAUCAUCACUAUCGCUUCUGUUUAUGGAGGACGAUUUUCAAGUGAACACAAUUCUCGAUGGCCUCCCAUCAUACGCUCACGAUAUCUUCGACGAAAACGUUUCUAUCAUCCAUUUUUGGAAGUGUGUGGCUAAUAAAAUCAGCUUGGAAAGGUGGAAAAGUCUUGUACAAAAAGUGUAUCAAAAUCAGUACAUACUAUGGAUAGAUCACCCCUUGCAGGACUACGCUUCGCGUCAGAUACCACUAUUGAACUCCACUCAAAGACAACUUCUUGCGCGUCGACUAGAUCUAUCCCCGAAACGAUCUUCUGUACUGUCUUUGAUCAAGUUGAUACACGACAAGUACACUCCUCGACCAUACGGAGUUAUUUGUAAAUUACGUAGGGUGCAAUUGAUGCAUUCCUGCGUCCCGUCUGCACAGCUGGAAAUGGUUUCUGGUGGCAAGGAGAUUGGGGUUAUGGCACUUUUUGAUACUGUAGAAAACGAUCCCGUAUCUAUCUGUGCUAUUGAAAAUAAUAGGUCAAUCGAGCAGCGAGAUCGCCUGGUGGAACAGCGUUCGGGCGAAUCUUGUAGUUGCCUACGAUGCCGGUACGAAGUCGACCCUUCUCGACUGCUAAGCGAACUCAACACAUCGCAGCAAAAGAUCUUGGCUCGCUUCUAUAUGUUUUCUGGUAUGCCACACGAGGCAAAACUGCUGUACGAUAAGGCUUUGAAGGAUGAACCGGAAAAUCCCGAGUUGUGGCACGCCCUCGGCGCUGUGGCACUUUCGACUUGUAGCUUUCUCGAGGCGCAACGGAUUUGGAAGCGAGCAGUGGACAUGUAUCCUGAGGCGUGCAGCAAGCAUGCGGGCAUUUCCCUCCAAAAUAAAAAAAUGCGAGCCUACCAAUACUGGGGACAGGCAAGCGAGACGAAGCUCCCUCCAGUUCCGACCACGUGGAAGCCACUUUUACCCCAAGCCUUCCUUGCGAAAGCACUUGACGAAACGACGUGCAAGCAGAUUAUAGUCUGGGCCGAAAGCGCCCGCUGGACUCAGCAACGCCAUUAUGCAGUGCCCACGUACGAUGUCCCUGUUCAUCAAGUUGAACCUCUGUUGCAGUGGUUUCGCCACUGGUUUCAAACCGCAAUGGCUCCAACACUUGCAGACCAGUUUGGUACUUCCUCCAACUAUUAUGUGCAUGAUGCAUUUUGUGUUCGGUACGAGGCUGGCCAGUCCUCCAAUCAUUUGCCAGUCCACACCGACGAGUCUACCCACUCAUUCGUACUGGCGUUGAACGAGGACUACGAAGGAGGAGUGACAAACAAGCGACGCUACGUAAUAGCUGCAUUCCUUUACCACGAUGAUGGAAGCAGCAGUCCACUGGCCCGUCUUCGGAAGAGAAAGGCAAUUAUACUCAAAAACACGAUUCGUGAGUCGAAGCAACAACGAACGGCCUUUUCAUUUUGUUUCGACACAUCUCGCUGA